AUGCGUUGGCUGUCGUUGGCCGCUUCCGUGGCCGCCGCCGUGGCCGCCGGCGUCUCUGCCCGCGCCGGCCCAGCCAUCCGAAACUCAGGCGGAAGAAAUAUUCAGAAGGCCAGAGCUCACCCAGGAGUGCCGUUUGACAGGUGGACGCGCCACGGCCCGGUUGCCAGCAGGUUCGAGAGCGAAAACACCAAGACAAUUCCCGAUGUCGACUUUGACAUCGGCGAGGCGUAUGCCGGCCGCAUGUCCAUUUCCAAAGACCUGGACGGACGGGACAAGUUCUACUUUUGGUUCCAACCAUGCCCGAACCCCAACGUCGACAAGGAGAUUGUCAUCUGGCUCAACGGCGGCCCCGGCUGCUCGUCCCUCGAGGGCCUCAUCCAGGAAAACGGCCCUUUCCUGUGGCAGUAUGGCACGUACAGACCCGUCCCCAACCCGUGGGGAUGGCACCAUCUCACCAACGUCCUCUGGGUCGAGCAGCCCAUCAACACCGGCUUCUCCACCGGCACCGUGACGGCCCAAGAUGAGGAGGAUGUUGCCCGCCAGUUCAUGGGCUUCUUUGAGAACUUCAUCGACACCUUUUCCAUGCAGGGGUACAGGUUAUACAUCACGGGCGAGUCGUACGCCGGCAUGUUCUGCCCGUACAUUGCCAAGGCCAUGAUCGACGCCAACGACACCAAGUAUUUCGACGUCAGGGGCAUGCUCAUCUACGACCCUUCCAUCAUCGACGACCGCGCGACCGAACUCACCGUCGUGCCCUUCGUCGACCACCACCGCAACCUGUUCCCCCUCAACGACUCCUUCACCAAGCACAUCCACGACGUCGACAGGGACUGCGGAUACGCCGACGUCCGCGCCAAGCACCUCGUGUACCCGCCGACCAGCCACCUCCCGGACCCCCUCCCCGGCAUCGAUCCCAGGACGGACCAGCCCCGACCAGAGUGCGGCAACUACCUGCUCGCCGACAGCAUCCAGGAAGCAGUCACCCACAUCAACCCCUGCUUCGACGUCUACCAGGUGGCCACGACCUGCCCCCUGCUCUGGGACGUCCUCGGCUUCCCCGGCAGCUUCACCUACCUGCCAAAGGGAGCCUCCGUCUACUUCGACCGCCAGGACGUCAAAAGGGCCAUCAACGCGCCCCCCGACAGGGACUGGAAGUCGUGCGGCGGCCCCGUCUUCGUCAACGGCGACCGCUCCCCCCCCUCCAGCGCCACCGUCCUCGGCAGCGUCGUCGACAGGACCAAAAACGUCGUCGUCGCCCACGGCGCCCUCGACUUCGUCCUGCUCGCAAACGCCACCCUCAUGGCCAUCCAAAACAUGACCUUUGGCGGCAAGCUCGGCUUCCAGGAGCCGCCCACCGAGCCCUUCUACGUCCCGUACCACAGCGCCGGCGAGCCGGGAACCAUUGCCGGCGCCGGCGUCUUCGGGACCACCCGCACCGAGCGCGGCCUCACGUACGUCGGCGUGUCCAUGGCCGGCCACAUGGUCCCCCAGUACGCCCCCAGCGCCGCGUUCCGUCACCUGGAGUUCCUUCUGGGCCGUGUCGACUCGCUGAGCAGCAAGAAGCCCUUCAGCACCGACCCGGGCGUCCCUCAGCCUGAUGGACCUCUGGGGAAGGGCACGGCGCCGCCGAUGUAG